AUGGGUUUCUCUACGAGUCUACAAGGACAGUCAUCGCACGAGGCAUUGCUCGCUCGUCAAGAUGCCGAGAUCAAGCUGCUCGAGACGAUGAGACGAUGUUUGACGAUCAAAGUUAAAUCAGACCGUGAAUAUGCCACGACAAUCUCAUCGUUGACCAUGCAAGGAAAAAAGAUUGAACGUAAUGAGGACCUUGUUGGUAGUUUAGUAGUGCAGAGUUGGAGGGACAUUAUGGAUUCUAUCGAUCAGACUGCGAAAUUAAUCAAGCAGCAGGCCGAUUCCAUCGAGGCUAUAGUAGUUGAACAUAUCACAACACUAUACUCUGAAAGAAGACGAGCUAGGAAAAUAUAUCAAGAGGAGCAAACAUGGUUGAAUAAUCAGUUUCAACAGAGUUGGUAGAAAAUUGGACGAAGUAAGAGAGAAAUACCAAAAAGCUUGUAGAAAACUUCAUCUUACACACAAUGAAUAUGUAUUACUUUUGGGUGCUGUAACAGAAUGCGAACACGACCUAAGAACUUGUUAUUUACCAAGUUUGCUUCAUCGACAACAGGCGAUUCAUCAAGAAUUUAUAACAUCAUGGAAAACCAUACUUCAGGAUAUAGUGAAAUAUUCUGAUUGUACAACAGAUAAGUUUCAAGAGAUACAUCGACGAAUGCAAAAAGCUGUAGAUUCUGUAAAACCUGUAGAAGAGUACAGAGAUUUUAUAGGAAAACAUAGAACGCGACCAGCGUCACCGAUAAGAUUUAUUUUUGAUGAGAACCUCGUGGAUGAUACAUCAGGAAAAUUGUUGCCAAAUAAAUUAACAGUAGAUAAUUUAACUAUAGAUUGGUUAAGAAAUCGACUAACAGAAUUGGAAACUUCCUUGAAAGCAACUCAACAGAAUCGACAGAAUCCACAAUAUCCAGCGGAGAACAAUAGCGAUUCUAAAAUAUCGAUUUUGGAUUACUCUCGUGAAAGAGAAGAAUUACGCUUACGCUGCCAAGAAAAGAGACUUCAACGACAGGUGGACGUUAUUAGAGCUGCCUUAAAUGAAUUAGGUUGUGAAGAAUUACCACUUGGAUAUGAUCUUUCAAUGGAAAGUUCUUUCACUGAUUCACCCUCCAUUAGUAAGCUAGAAUCACUGCCCUUGCAGAAAAAUACAGUUGCAGAUAUCGGUCUAUUUACAUUACGAAGAAAUCAGCGAUUCAUGACAAUAUUUAGAUCUCCUUUCAAAUCUUUACCAAUAAUAAACAACACAAAAGAUGGAACAAUUAGAUCGAGUAGCGAAGGUCCUACCUCAAAAGCAGAUAAUACUCUACCAGUUGUAUGUUUUUUUCAUGUUAUCCAUUUAUUGUACAAACAUAAACAUGUUUUGUGCAUAAUUGCUUCUUUUUUAUUUUGUAUAAUGUUGUACAUACGUUUACAAAAAAUAUAUGUUAUAAAAUAUUUAUAAUUGAAUUGAUAAUAAUUUGUGUGUGAUUUUUAAUGUCAAGCAUGUUUGUCUUAUUACUUAAGUAAAUUGCAUUCAAUUGUGGUUCUAAACUAACCUUUGUGAUGCGUUUUAAUGAUAAUGAUUAAGACAAACAGGAAGAAAGAGAAAUGAUUUCUUGAUAUUUUGGAUAUGAUUAUCCAAAGUUUCUGCUUGUCAGAUAAAAUAUUAUAUGUUUAUUGUUAUAGGCAUUCCGUGGAAUAUCACAUUUAACAACGAAUCAAAAAGGAAAUGGAGAUCUUAUGGAGGAAGAAUGGUUUCAUGGUGUGUUACCAAGGGAAGAAGUUGUAAGAUUACUCGUAACCGAAGGAGAUUUUUUAGUACGUGAAACAACAAGAAACGAUGAAUGUCAAAUAGUUUUAUCUGUUUGUUGGGAUGGACAUAAACAUUUCAUUGUGCAAACUACUCCCGAAGUAAGCAGUUGGUUACAUUUAUAAUUAUGUAAUUUAACAAACACAGGAACAAAACCACGUAUUUUUAUUAAUUUUAGGGACAUUAUAGAUUUGAAGGUCCUACUUUUCCGUCGAUUCAAGAAUUAAUUAGGCAUCAAUGGUUAUCUGGAUUACCAGUGACUAGUCGAUCUGGAGCCAUUCUCAAAACACCAAUUUUACGCGAACGUUGGGAACUUAAUAACGAUGAUGUAAUUCUUCUAGAAAAGAUAGGACGGGUAUAUGAUUGAAAUUUAAAGAAAAAAGAAGUUACUUUAAUUUUUUGAAAUUUAACAUACUAUUGUACAGAAUUAUCAAAAUCGAUCGAAUGUUCAAUGUAAUUGAUAGCCGACUUCAAGUUGAAUUAAUAUGAAUCUCAUUUAAUUGAAAAAAAUUUGUCAUUUCAAGUAUUUGAUUGAAAACUAAAUCUUCAAUUGUGAAACAGUGUAAACAUUUUUAGGGUAACUUUGGAGAUGUAUAUAAAGCGCAAUUGAAAACUUGUAAGACUGAAGUGGCUGUAAAAACUUGCAAAGUAACAUUACCAGAUGAACAAAAACGUAAAUUUUUACAAGAAGGGCGGAUAUUGAAGCAGUAUGAUCAUCCAAAUAUAGUAAAGCUUAUUGGGAUCUGUGUCCAAAAACAACCUAUUAUGAUUGUUAUGGAAUUGGUACCUGGUAUAUUCAAUAAAUUAUUCUAUUUGGCAAUUAAAUUUUUAAAGUUAAAUAAUUUUUUAAAUCGUGAAAUGCAACUGUUUAUUGAUAUUAAAUUAAUUAUUAAUUAAAUAUGGUAGGUGGUUCCUUAUUAACUUAUUUGAGAAAAAAUGCUAGUACUAUCACGCAGCAAGAACAACUUCGAAUGUGUAAAGAUGCAGCUGCAGGUAUGCGCUAUUUGGAAUCUAAAUAUUGUAUUCAUAGGGACUUAGCAGCUCGGAAUUGUCUCGUAGGUAAAUGAACAUAUUUUUAGUUACUACAAAAGUCACUUAUGUAAAGUAUGUAAAUUAUAAGAAUAUACCAUAAUAUAUUUUAUUUUUAGGAUAUGAAUCUAUAGUAAAAAUAUCAGAUUUUGGAAUGUCACGAGAAGAAGAAGAGUACAUAGUAUCGGAUGGUAUGAAACAAAUUCCAAUUAAAUGGACCGCACCAGAGGCACUAAAUUUUGGUACUUGAAAAAUUUUAAGAUUAUUACGUUUCAUGCAUAUCUAAAAUUCUAAUUAUUUUCUAUCGUAAUAUUUUUUGCAGGUAAAUAUACGUCGCUUUGUGAUGUGUGGAGUUACGGAAUCUUAAUGUGGGAGAUAUUUUCUAAAGGUGGAAAUCCUUAUAGUGGAAUGUCUAAUUCUCAAGCUCGCGAAAAGAUAGAUGCAGGUAAUGUUUAAAUAAUUGUUUUUAUUAUUGUUAUUAUGAUUAUACAGAAUAUUUUGGAAUAUUUUAGAUUCCAAAUAAAAAUUUUCUUUCUCGUAUCUUUAGGUUAUCGAAUGCCAGCACCAGAAAACACACCUGAUGAAAUAUAUCGUUUGAUGUUACGAUGCUGGGAAUAUGAACCGGAAAAACGUCCUCAUUUCGAUCAAAUAUUUACUGUUGUUGAAACGCUUUCUCAAGCGUAUUUAUAAAUGAUAAUUUUAAGUCAGUGUUAAUCUAUAUCGCAAAUAACAUUCUUUUCACAUUGUUUAUUAUAGCUCUCAAUUUUCUCAUGCAAAUCUUAUAUUUCAGAAUAUGAGCUUUAAAAAACAAUGCUCAUUAAAACGUACGUACAUGAUAUAUCCAUGAUUUGCUAUGAAAAUCUCAAUCAUUCCAAUAAUCUGUGUUUUACAAAAAUGAUAUAGAAACGAUAGAAAGAAAUAACUUUAAACUUAGCUUUAAUAUAUAAAUCCAAAUAUUAAUAGAUAUUUAUAGAUUCUGAAUAUCUAG